AUGAAGAUGCUGGUUCCGGCGCCAUACCAAGCGUCAACGAAGAAGGACAAGAAGAAGAAGGGCAAGGAGGCCGAAAGUGGCCUCCACCAUAAAGGUACUUCGGAUGCUGUGUCCGGAGGGACCGAGGCUCCCUCCUCCCAUGAGGGGGACGAAGAUGAAGACAAAGAGGAGGAGGAAGAAGAUAACCCUCCUCCCAAGGGGAGGAAGAGGGCGACCUCUGUAGACCUGGAGGCGGAGGCAUCCAAGAGGGGAAAGAUAUCCCUGUCGGAUGACUCGGAUUCGGACGCCGAAGCCAUCCCCAAGCAUCGCCCCAGGAUCAAGCCCCUGGCUGAAUCCAGUCCGGCCCGCGAUCUUUCCCAACUAUCUUCAUCGUCGGGGAAUUCUCUAGCGUCGGACAUGAUGGAGAGCGAAUCGCCUCCGCGAACUUCCCCGCCACCUACUACAGACGACGCUAAGGCCGCCAAAGUAUCCGAGCUCAAGCAGAAGCUGGGGCUGGCCGAUGAGGAUCUCGUCCGCAUCAACAAGAGGUUUGAUGAGGCACUUGGAAGUGCAGCCGCGGUCAAGACCCUGAAGGGCGACCUCGCCCAGGCCAAGGAGCAGGCACGGUUGAGCCAAGCGGUUGCUGACAAAUCGGCCGCAGAUUUAAAAGCUGAACAGGUUGCCCACCGCCAAUACGAGGAGUGGGUGACCGAAGUGGAGCAAGCACUCAAGGACACCGUCAGCAAGUGCGAGUCCUUGGAAGAGAAGAAUAAGGCCCAAGCGGCCGAGCUGGCCAAGGCUGUCCAGGGAGCCAAGGAGGCGCGGAACGAGUCCCGUGCGGUGUGCGAGGAGAUUGAGCAGGCCAAGCAGAUAGCAGCUGGUAAGACCUUUCAUUUACAGAGUAAAUUCGGCAGUCAUAAGUAUGCCUUGCUCACUCGACUGUUGAGUUCUCCAGACGCCUUUGCGGAUCUUUCGAAGAGUGUUGCUGACGCCGCGCAGUUCUUCUGGGCCUAG